AUGGUCCAGCCUGAUGUGGUUAAAGGGAGAUAUGCACGGGAGGUACAAAUACUGUCAGCGAAAGACACCAGCUACCAUUUCUCGGUGCUAAAUACAUCUGUCAAACAAUUGGAGGAGUUUGACAUUGAUGUCCAAGCCCUUCAGAUCCAACCUUUGAGCACGUUCUUAACAAAUUUGCUUGAUAUCCUGCUUUCGGCGAGGGGGAAGGGACAUCACAGAGAUCAUAGCAACAGCGGAGACUUGCAAGUCGGUGAAGAUGACGAGGCUCUUUGGGAGGAACUAGGUGACUUGGAUCUGGAGGGGGCUCAAAUGAACAGAAUUCAAGUUAACUCAUGUCGGCAGAAAAAGGUUGUUAUUCUGAGUAUAUUGAUGCAAAGCUCGAACCAAAAUUCGAACACAUUGCAGAGCGUUGUUGGCAUAUUCCUGCAGUCCGUGCACACACCUCAAAAGGUCAUCAAUACACUAUCAAGAAUGGGUGUCAGUGUGUCUGUUGACACAAUAAACGCAGCUGUACUGUCAUUGUCUGCAGAAUCCCACCGUGCUAUUCAUGCCCUUGGUCAAACACUGCUUGCUUCCUACGCAUACGAUAACUUCAAUGUUGACCUGAAAAAAACAGUACAUACUGUCAGUGACUCUGAAGACACGCUGGUACACCUCACCUCUGGUUUGCUAUUUCUACUGCAGCAUGGUGUCACACGCAAAGACUUACGGUGCUCGAUGACACUGUGGGAAAAGUCUCCCCUCAACCUGCGGCUCAAUCUAUCAACUGUCACAAUGAAAGGAGGAUGGAAGGACUUACUGCAGUUGCACCCGGACUCCUUGAAUGCAGCUGGUUUGUCUUGUAGAGACCGCUUUAACUCAUGGAAGAUGCUUUCUGACCUAAUCAAUCAUGGUCCCCUAUACUUUCGUCAGUUCAAGGACCAACUUGGUGAUCUGGAGAGAGUCGAUUCUAUCCCUGUCAUAAAGACACCCAUUCUCGCAGCACAUGCUAUGCAUCUUAGCAACUCCACAGUAUCCGGAAAUAUAAGCUCAGUAGUAGAGCUGCUGCGACAGGGAGGUAUUGAGGAUCCAGACGAGAUUGAUGAUCUGGACAUGCCGGACAUGUCAGAGUACGUUGUACUGUUCCACGGCAACCUUGGCUCUGGGGAACGUCUCCAGGCAGCCCAGCAAUGA